AGGCUGCCUCAAGCUCUGGUCACUGCACUGACGCUCCAGCUCCAACCUCCCUCCAAUGUCAAUGCGAUUUAUCUGCUCUUGAUUCUCUUCAUUGCUAUCUUGCAUUCCGGAUCUUCAGCUGCACUGCAGCAAAAUCCCCGAUCAUGUCUGCAGCUCCGCGCCGCAACGGCCAGCCGCCCCUCUCGUGUGAGCCAUGCCGUAAGUCUAAGAUGCGCUGCGACAACGCAACCCCGGCCUGCCAGAACUGUAUCCGUCGAGGCAAGGCCGACAGCUGUGUAUAUCCUGUCACCCCCGCCUCGCGCACCUGGUACUCGGACAAUGCCCCGUCGCCAACCGCUUCCCCGCGCUCGCAGGGCCGCCCCGACUCCUUCACCCAAGGCCGGUCGGCGACCCCCAACGGCGGCGACGAGAAGCUCGCAGCCGCCAUCCCGAUGGGUCUGCCCACCGGCAACACCCACAGCAACAACAACAGCAACAACCACUCGGCUGUGUUCAGCGACAUGGAGGACCAAUUCCGAAACUCAAUGUACCUCGAUGCCUCGGGCCGGGCCGCGGAUUCCGCCACGCCGGACCCGAGGCAGGUCCAGAUGGGCGCCCGACUGCUCGCCUUGCUGUUUGAGAACCUGCCCCUGUACGAGCGUCUCGCCGAGACCUCGUUGGACGUCUGGCCCGAGGGCUGCAUCCUGGGCCACCGGCUCAUCACGGGCAUGUUCGAGGCGCUCGAGGAUAUCCUCGAGGCCCUGACGUCCGACCCCGGCUAUGUCAAGGAUCGGCAUGCGACUAUGCUGCGAUGGGCGCAGAAGAUCUUCGACGAUAGCUCCAAGCCCCUGGUCGUGCAUGCAGCUACGACGCCAGAGGACUACAUUCGCCGCCUCUCGUCCCGCUGGGAGGGCAUCGGUCUGGUGUACUCGAUUGUCGGGCAGGGGGCCAUGCUGGAGCGCGAUUGGCGGUCCAUCCGUGAGCGGGAGCGCAAUGUGCCGCGUGAUCAGAAGUUGCUGGCGGCCCAGGCUGUCUCGGCGAGUGAUGCCUGUCUGCAGUUCUGUGAUACCUUUGGUGCGGUCGAUGAUUCGCUGGGCUGGUUGCUGUUCCAGCAUCUGCAUCUGUUGACUUUGGUCUAUGGGGAAAAUGAUUCCCGUGCGUGGAGGAAGUUGGCCGAGCUGGCGACGGUAGCGUUUACGCUGGGCUCCAAUCAAUCAGAGAAGGACACGCGGACGCCAUUCUUCGUGGUCGAGCUCCGCAAACGUCUGGUGGCCGGCGCAUACAGCAUCGACAAACAGCUGGCCACCUCCUUGGGCAGACCUCCGCAGAUCAGCUGGCGCUACUAUGACGUCCAAUUCCCUCUCGACUUGAGCUACGAUGAAAUCUUGGCUGAGCCCAAGGUUCGAGAGGCCGCAAUCAGCAAGCUCGACAAGACCGGGUGGAACACCCAAGGGGUCGUGGGGAAGUCCGCGUGGCUCCGCAUUGCCCUGCUCAUUGGGUCGACGCGUGAGCAGAUUCUGGAGUUGUCUCUCAGCCGUCGUAUUGACGAUCUGGCACGCAAGGUUCAGGAGGUGUCUCAGCAAUCCCACAAGACUUGGAACGAGCUCCCCAGCUUCCUCCGCUGGCGACCCGGGUCUCCGGAUCCGAACGGUUCCAGCAGUGUCCUGCUGCCUCUGUACCUGAACUUUCUCUACAAUGAUUUUCUUCUCUACCGGGUUCUGGUCAAGCGGACCCAGAGCGGCGCAGAGGGCUUGAUCAGUGUUUCACAGAACAUACUGAGCACCAUUCUCGAACUCAUCGGUAAGGAGAUUGGAUCCAGGGCUGGAACCUACAAUGUCGGCUGGAAUGCAUCAUCCUUUGGUCUUCCGGCGGCCGGAGUCUUGGCUAUCGAGCUUCUCCGUCAGUCUGAAGCUCAGUCUCAGCUGCAAGCCCCCACGUUCCGCCGAUCGGAAGUCAUCCAGAAACUCACCGUUUUUGCCUCUCAUCUCCAGUACGUCGUGCGACCGCACGAUGGCAUGUAUGAUGUCUGCCAGCGCGCACGAAAGGUCAUCUCCAACAUCCUCGAUCGGGUACUAACCGUCAACCCAUCCCCGAUGCCUGCCACAUUAGCUGCCGAGGUAUUAGCUGCUAAUUGGCUCAAUGGCGAGACCGUUACUCUGGAUGACGGUUCGGACCUGUACCGGUGGAUUGAGAAUCUCUACCCCGAUGCAGCAGGGUCCACCUCUUCCUGGGCAUGA